UGUUUAAAGGGAGCCAUGCUGCAUUCGAGAGGGAAGGUUUAAACAACCGGGUCCUUGGAGAACGGCGACUUGAAAGGGUUAUGGCUACUGUUCCAGCCAAAAUGGUGCAAAAAACUGAACAUGGAAAGCUUAAUGACGCACCUAAAAGAGUCCCAGUCGUCCAAAACCCCAAACGGCCUGUCCCUACGUAUCCCCAGCAGGGUCUCGGUAUGCUCAGUGCACCUCAGAGACUUCAAAGGCCAGUGAGUCAGUCCCAUCACACAAACUCAAAAACCCAGUUGGACCAGAACACCCAGUGCUUCCAGCCCCAAACCCAGCCUGCAAGUACAAAUGUCAGCAGUAAAACUGAAUCUGCUGAAGCAGCAGGUCCAUUGAAGGAGAAAAAUAAACCUGGAGCAAUGGAGUCCACUGACAUAAAAAAGCGAUGGACCCUUGAGAACUUCGAUGUUGGUCGCCCACUGGGAAAGGGAAAGUUUGGAAACGUCUACCUGGCCAGGGAGCGAGAGUCCAAGUUUAUUCUGGCUUUGAAGGUGCUCUUUAAAAAGCAGCUGGAGAAAGCUGGCGUGGAGCACCAGCUCAGGAGAGAAGUCGAGAUCCAGUCUCACCUCAGGCACCCCAAUAUCUUGCGCUUGUAUGGCUAUUUUCACGACUCCUCCCGCGUGUACCUCAUCUUGGAAUUUGCUCCCAAGGGUGAGCUUUACGGCGAGCUGCAGCGCUGCGGUCGCUUCGAUGAACGGAAGAGUGCUACGUACAUUGCAGAGCUUGCUGAUGCUCUUCAGUACUGUCAUUCUAAAAAUGUUAUCCAUAGAGACAUUAAGCCAGAAAACCUCCUGUUGGGUGCUAAUGGUGAGCUUAAAAUAGCUGACUUUGGCUGGUCUGUACACACCCCAUCUUCUAGAAGGUCAACCCUUUGUGGAACUUUAGAUUACCUCCCUCCGGAAAUGAUCGAGGGACGAACUCAUGAUGAGAAGGUGGACUUGUGGAGUUUAGGAGUCCUUAUCUAUGAGUUUCUUGUUGGAAAGCCUCCAUUUGAGACAAAGAGCCAUGAAGAGACGUACCGCAAGAUUUCUAGAGUGGAAUUCAGCUACCCAGAUUUUGUCAGCACUGGCAGCAGAGACCUUAUUGGGAAGCUGCUGAAACAUGAUCCGCUACACAGGCUGCCCAUCUUGAAAGUGCUUUCCCACCCUUGGGUGCUAGAACAUUCCAUGAAGCCCCCACGACAACGUAAGCCUACCGCUACAGCGACUGAGGGUGACACUGCUUAGAGGCUUGUAUGUAUGGAGUAAGGUUACAAUUUAAGCUAUAUUCUAAUCAUGGUCAUGACUGGCUAGCAUUUGCACGAUCAUGCUGGGAGAGGAAUUCAAAACCACCAAGGACAAUACCCAUUGUAUUUAAUAUUAAUUUUAAAUGUUUAUUUUGUUUGUAGAAAUUUUAUAAAGUGAUUAAAGUUUGUUAAAUUUGUUA